GCUCUUUAAAAAGCCAUUUAAACAGGCCUUGACAUUUGCAGAGAAGUAGUAAAAUCCUACACUGGCAAGGAAGGUUAGGGGACAAUGGAAGCCUCCCCUGCCACCUAGCAAAAGCCAGCCAGCCUUCUCUACAAAGAAAGGAACAGCUCUCCAGAAAUUCCAGUGUGGUGACUGAGCAGUGCUGAGAGCAGGGGAGACUCAGGCCUGGGUGGUUUUAUCACCGCUAACCCCACAGGGACUAAGGGCCGGGGACAGUUUGAGCCUGGAAAGGCCCCUGCCAGUCCAGGUUUCUUGCUGUGGUUCGGGAGGGGGACACUUCUCAGAAAUCCCUGACGAAAGGUCACUGGAGCUGUGCCAAUAGCGCAGAACUGACUCAAGGGUAUAGUGACCUGGCCACUGAAGAGGCUGGGACACCACAAAGAGCUUCAGGCCUUCAGACUUCUAGGUGAGCAUUGCCCUGUAUUGUGUUUUGGGUAAUCGAAGUUAGGUCCUUUGUGGAGAAUGUUUAUGCCCAUGCCCUUCUGAAGAGAAGCAGAGACAGGGCCAGGCUCGCACAGCACCUGGGUGGAGAAGAGAUCUGUCCUAGAGCUCUGUGGAGGGGCCCUAAGGCUAAGGACUGCUCCUGGAGGCCUUUUAAUGGCUCUGAGGGAGAAAGUCCUUAUGGUAUCAGCCUGAGUUUGAUCCUUGGAACUCACCGUUGGUGGAGAAGACCAACUUCUAAAAGUUUUCCUCUGACUUAACACACACACACACACACACACACACACACACACACACACACACCACAUACGCAUGCAUGCACGCAUGCAAAUAAAAUAAAAAUAAAAAUGCUACAGGAAAAUGGAGACUCAUCCCCACAAGGGAAAGGAGAGCCUUUCAUCUUGCCCCAGAGAAGGGUGUGCUUAAACACAGGAGCCCAGCAGUACCAGGGGAAAGAGAACCAUACAAAUUAGCAUGAAAAUCUGUUAGUAAAAAGUCUGGAAGCCCUUCCUUACCAGGGUUGCAUGCAAAGAAAGUGCUGGGGAAAAGCAGACAGUAUAUACGUGUGAGAAAGGCCAGGUUGAGGUGGACAUUGCCAUCCCAAUGGACAAAAGAGGAAGGAGUCCCCAGACCAGGACCUCAGAACACUUCAGGCUCGGCCAAGGUGUCCUAAGCUAGAUGACCAGGCUUCCAGGAGAGUGACCUGGUGCUCAGCUCAGUCUCUUCUGUAAUGGAUGACCUCAUCCCCAUAGUGCCUGGGUGGCUGCACUCUCCUUGAGCGAGUACUGUUUUAGGAACCCAGAAAAGGCCGGCCAAGUCAGUCCCUAGGGUCUUGGCCAGCGUUUUGCCCCCCUUUGCAUGUGUCUGAAACUUAGGAAGAAGGUCUGGGGUGAGAUCCUUCAAGCUUAGGGGCAGUCUGGGGUCGGGAAGCACACUUCCCCAUAGUGGCUUGUGUCGGGGCUGCUGCCCUUCCCAGACUGUGUCCCUCCCCCAUGUCUGACCUUGCUGGCAGUGACAAGGUGAAGUUCAUCAACGUACUCAACAAAUUUCCCCUCCCUACUUCCUACUUUAUGUCCGUCCCUGUGUCCUUAUUUACGUAUGUGUUCAGUCUGUGUGGCAACAGCCCAUGUCACCUCUAUGAGUGGAAAUGGAUAGCACAGAGGACGUGAAGAUAAACGUGCCGGGAAGGAAUGUCCAGCUAAAGCCAGGGGACCUUGCCCUGCGCAGUCUGGCCUUGACUCUCCAGCUCUGCGUCUUUGGGUAGAUUAAUUCUCUGAACCAAUGUUUCUUGUCAAGACAGUGAAGGAAGUGGUGAUGGGAGGGUCCAGCUGCUGUGACAAUCAGGCAGCACAAAAGGUUUGAAGUGACACACUGGAGGGGAGGGGCUUCAUGCUAGUCCCUGGGGGAUUGACUAUAGUUGUAGAGUCAGAUGCAGGGUGGUUGCACCCACCCUCUGUUACUGACUGCCUUUUGCACCCACCCUGGGUUAAUGGCUGCCUGUUCUCCUUUGGACCACUUCCCCUUGUCUGCAGCUCUAUACAAGUGUUUUAUGCAUGUUAUGUCUGCACACAGUAUAAUAAAGGGCAUGGGACCCCAUUACAGAUGGUUGUGAGCCUCCAUGUGGGUGCUGGGAAUUGAACUCAGGACCUCUGGAAGAGCAGCCACUGAGCCAUAUCUCUAGCCUCUACAAGUGUUUUAGAGUGGUUAUUUUAUUCUCUUUAUUGGAAAGGCAGAUGUCUAGUGUGUACAGUUUAAGAGCAACAGAUAGGAACCAGUGUAUCGCAUCUUCCCUAGUCCCUCCACUGCAUGUGGCUGAUUAACUAUUUGGUCCAGCCCUGGCAAGUUGCACAGGGACAGGUGGGGGAGGACACAAUGGUUUUAAGUGCAUGUGGAGAAGUGUGAUAUUUUUAAAACCAAAUUUGUUUAACCUUGUCUCUUUUUCUACAUGUAUUUAUGUAUUUUAUUCGAGGAGCAGAUAACAGUCAUUCGCUAAGAUGCACAGGUGCGUGUGUGAAGGUCAGGGACAACCUGAUGGUUCUAUCCUUCCACCAUGGGGGUUUCAAACUCAUCUUACUGGAGAGGGGCUCACUCUGUAGCCCAGGCUAGUCUUGAACUCUCGGCUUUCUUGCCUCAGCCUUCAGAUUGCUAGGAUUAAAGAUCUGUGGCACAAGACCAGGCUGAUGCUAAGUGCACAGUUUUAUUUAACUUUGGGACAACAUUGCACAGAGAUGUCUGUCCUGAAAGUAGUCCUUGUUUGUGUCCCGCCCACAUGACUAUGUUGUAUGGGACUGAAGGGACAUAUCUGUGUUGUGUGGGACUAGAGGAACUCUCAUGCCAUCUUAAAAACCCCCCAUUCAGGCAAACCACAAAGGCAGAUCCAGUCCCAGUGAGCACAUUCAGAACUAAAACUCUGGCUUUCAAGGCUCUUGAGCUGAAACCUCAGCACAGAUUCACAUAACUGAAUCAGAAGACUUAGGAAUCUUUUUUAAAAAAUAAUUUUAUAUUGUAUAUUUUCUUUAUUUACAUUUCAAAUGUUAUCCCCUUUCCCCGUUUCCCCACUCCCAGAAAUCCCCUAUCCCAUCCCUCCUUCCCCUGCUUCUAUGCGGGUGUUCCUCCACCCACCCACCCACUCCUGCUUCCCUGCCCUCGAUUCCCCUACACUGGGGCAUCUAUGGAGCCUUCAUAGGACCAAGAACAUACUCUGCUACGUAUGUAGCUGGAGCCAUGUCCUUGGUUGGUGGCUUAGUCCCUGGGAGCUCUGGGGGUAGGGGGUCUGGUUGGUUGAUAUUGUUGUUCCUCCUAUGGGGCUGUAAGCUCCUGCAGCUCCUUCAGUCCUUUCUCUAACUCCUCCAUUAGGGACCUCGCGCUCAGUCCAAUGGUUGGCUUCAAGCAUCCGCCUCUGUAAGUCUUAGGAAGUAUGAGACACUCUGGUAUUUUCUGUUUUAUGUAGCACUGGUUUAUGGAGAAAGAGAAGGAAGGUCAAAACCUUACCUGGCAGCCGGGUGUGGUGGCACACGCCUUUAAUCCUAGCACUUGGGAGGCAGAGGCAGGCAGAUUUCUGAGUUCGAGGCCAGCCUGGUCUACAGAGUGAGUUCCAGGACAGCCAGGGCUACACAGAGAAACCCUGUCUCAAAAAACCUAAAAAAAAAAAAAAAAAAAAAAAACCUUACCUGGCUUAGCCAACAGACUGUGCGACCUUCAGUUUGAAACACAGCAGGAGAUGGCUCGAGAUAAGAUCUUGACUAGUAGUGUAAAUCAGACCCACCUUGGACGGAGCAGCCUGCCAGGUUCGGCCUCCAGAGCUCUGCUGGUGACCCUGAUCUGGCCCAAAUAUUUGCACUCCACAUCUUUUAGAGGUGCCGCUGCUGCUCCAGCCAGGCAACCCUUUGAGAUAGUUUUGUUAGGCAGCACAGGCUGGCUUGGACCUCACUAAAUGUAUAUAGCCUAGGCUGGGUUCCAGCUUGGGCUUGCGAUCGCAUGGCACAUCCAGCUUUCUCGUGGACUAUUUUGAGCCAGCCUGCUCCCUUCGGUCUGCUUUAUGGAAUAGCUAAGAGUGGGUGAUGGUUGUUAGCAAGCACAAGAGGAAAAGAUGAUCUCAGAUUUUCAAGGAGGUCCCUGGUGGCCGUGUCAGGUUAUCUUUGAGCAUCUGGAACGCUUUCCUCCUAAAGUCUAGCUUAUACAGUUUAAACAGAGGGUGGCACGUUGAAAGCGCUAAGCAAAGAGACACUUGUGCUCAGCCGUGGUUGAACAACCUGCCUCUUGGAUCCUGGUUCCACAGUUCACAAAACCUUCCCAGCCUUGUGAAAACACUUCUUCUGGAGGCUAUGAAAGGCACCAUUUACUUGGUGAUUUCAAGUUUCUGUUUUCCUAGGGGGGAAUGGUAGGUCAGCCGUGACUACCCAGUAGGUGGAGCUCCCUCUGGUUCUAGUGGGGUCCUGCUGGAGUUCUCUGGCCAUCCCUGGCUUUCCAGCUUUACCUAGAGAGCUUCCCUGGCACUACAGCUAGCCUGCUUCCUAGAUAGGCUUGUGGGACUCUCGGUCUGCACACUGGUCAUCCUGGGUAGUCUUGGCUCCCUUGAGCCCCUCACCAGCCUUGUUCCCUAAGCUAGCAGCCAGCUCAGCUGGGCGCUCCUCAGCUAAGAGCAGUGUGUUAAGUGGGCACAGAGCCUCCUCUGUUCCAGUAACAAUGGCCCCUUGAUGGCUAGCUCGGGUCCCCUCACUCCUAUUGGACUUUGGAGAGAAGAAAGGAUGACGGCCCUGCCCCCACCCCAGGCAGUCAAUGCUGGGUGUGAGGUUAAUGCAGAGGCUUUAGUCUCUGUCUGCCCACAAGACCACUUUCUUCUUUAUUCUCGGUCUCUGACACACACACCCCUCCCUUUCCAUCCCAGGGACCCCUUUCGGGGGUUCCAGGAAUGGUUCAGUUCACUCACCCCAACAAGUAUCCAUUGAACAGACCCCUGGGCCCCGAAGGUUGCUGCUAAAUAGGUGUAGGAUAAUAGCUACCCCUUGGAUUUAGUGCUUUUACAAUUAGCCUGCUUUGGUAGCCCCACAGGCUCCAGAGAGUUAAUGCCAACACUUCUUCACAGUGGACCUUCAGAGCACUGAUAGUUUUAGGUGUUAUCAGCUGAGAUUCCCACCCCCACUCCACCGGAGACAGGGUUUCUCUGUGUAGCCCUGGCCGUCCUGGCACUCACUCUGUAGACCAGGCUGGCCUCGAACUCAGAAAUCUGCCUGCCUCUUCAACUGGGAUCCUUAUUCUCAGUUUGGAUUAAACAUCCCUGGGCCUCCUGACUGACAUAACAUUAACCGAGUCACCAUGGUACCCCACUUAAAGAGCCGUGUGUUUGUAGAAGACAAAAUAUGAAAUCCUCAACCUCACAGAUUUAUGUCCUCUGUGGAUGUGUUAUCUUACAUGGUAGGAAAAGUUUUAUUGAUGUCUUUAAGGAAUUAGGGGUGACAGAGUGCCCUGAAUUAGCUGCGUGACCCCAGUUAGAAUCGCAAGGGUCCUUAUAAAAGGGAGACAGAAGGAGACUUAGCUGCACAAGGCACUCAGAGCUACACACCAAACUCAGGUAUUUUGAGUGCUAAGCAAGCACUGUCAGCUCUGCUCAUGUGGAGCUCCGGAGUUGGUUCUGAAUGAAUACUACACCUACAGUAUUAGGAGUUUCCCAAACACUUGGUCCUAGGUAACACAGGGAACACACACCUAUUCUUUCUAGCUUCCGUAUUUGGUGAACUGGAGACAUCAUGGUGCUUGCUUAUAAUCCCAGCGUGGGAGAAGCUGUGGCAGAAAGACUUCUGGGAGUUCAGCUCUGGACUUAAUAGUAAGACCCUGAAUCAAAAGGGAAAGAUUAGUGUGGCCUUGCUAGUAAGCUGGUGUGUAGCAGGCAGGAGCCGGCAGCUUUUGUCAUCUCCUGGAUAUCCUGUGCUAGUGGGGUUUGAUGCACCUAGAUAGCAUCUAAUGGCACGUUGGCAGUCCUGAUGUCCAAGUAUCAUUCUGAUGCCCCUAAAUAGUCGGAAUCUCAGGAGGUGGAACUUGGCCAUCAGGAGUUCCUUUAAGCUUCCAAGAUGCUGUUAGGGUUGAAACCCAGAACUCCAGAGCAGGCUCUGUGCAUUUGUACGUGAUGCUUCUCCUCUACCUGUGCAGACAUCACCAAUCAAUUGCAAUUUCCUUCAUCCCCGUGCGAUGUACCCGUUCCAAAUUCAGCACUGCAGGAAACCUUUCCCAACCAGUCAGCCUCAGAGAGGAGUUGAAAUUAACUUGUCCUCCUAACUGAGAAGAUUUAAACUGUCUAGCUGGGGCCAUGUGUAUGUUUAGCUGUAUCUGAACCAAAUAAUGGUAGAAAUAAUGAUAUCAAGCCGACCAGAAAUAGAGACUGCCACGGUUAUAUAAGGAUUGUUUGGACUGGUUAAGAAUAGCCAGCGUGAGUCAGCUAGCAUCCCUGUCCUGCAGUAAAUUGCCGCCCAGCUGAGAAAACUACACGGAAGAAUGCAAGCCAGUGGUGCCACAGGACAGACAGACCUUGGCUGACGUUUGUCUAGACCAGCAAUAACAACCAGCUGGACACAGGCUGCUCUGCAUGGGCAACCUUGUGCACCCUUUGCUGGAAUUCAGGGUCACCACUUUUUUUUUUUUCCUGCUUGUCUCACUCAGUGCAGAGACAAAAUAUCUGACAGAAGCAACCUAAGGAAGCGGGAGGUUGUCAGUACUUACAACUCCAGCGACAGUCUGUCCUAGCAGGGAAGGCGCUGCGGCAGCAGGAGCAGGAGAUGGUCGGUCACAUUGUACCUGCAGUCAAGAAGCAGAAAGCAGAGAAUGUACUUAACUCUCUCUCUCUCUCUCUCUCUCUCUCUCUCUCUCUCUCUCUCUCUCUCUCUCCCUCCCUCCCUCCCUCCUCUCUUCCUCCCCUCCCUCUCCUCCUCCCUCCUUGUCUCCCCUUCCCCCCUUUUAAUUAAGACUAGGUCUUACUAUGUAGCCCCAGCUCUCUCAGAAGUCAUUAUGUAGACCAGGCUAGCUUCAAAUUCACAGAGCUCCUUCAGUCUCUGCCUCCUCCUGAGUAUCUGGGGUUGAAGCUGUGAGCCACCAUGCCUGGGUGCUUUCUCCUUGUUAUUUAGUCAGGAUCCCCACGGAAUGGUUCUACCAGUGCCCAGGGUAGGACUUCCCACCUCAGUUGGCACAAUCUAAAAAUCCUGUACUGAUGCGGUGACUCGAAAUCCCAUCCAGUUGUCAAUCAGAAUUAACCUCAAAAUCCGAUAACGGAGCUGUGCCUAUGGAGGUGAAGAACAGGAAAAAGGAGGGCGGUGUCCACAGGAAGAACAGCCUAUGCCAUCCUCCUUCCAUGAGUCUCCCAAGCCUGUGCAUCACCCAUAUAGCCAUUGUAUAAGCACAUUUCUGGUUGAAAGGUUCUAAUGAAGAAAACUGUGAAAAGUUCCAAGACCAACAAAGUGUGACAUUAGAGAGGGCAGUGAGGUAUCUGUGAGAUUUUCACAGUCGCCAGCUGCUUCCAACCAUAUACAUCCUCUCCCUGCCCCCUCCUUGAGACAGGCUGUCUCUGUGUAGCUCUGGUUGUCCUCAAACUUACUCCACAGAUCAGUAGACCAGGCUGGCCUUGAACCCAGCGAUCUCUCUGCCUUUGUCUCCUGCGUGCUGGGAUGUGCCGCUACCACCACUGGGCCACAUGUAUCCUUAUUGUCACCCAUAUGAGAGUGGUUGCAAGCUGACUCUUAGACUUGGAAUUGCUGUGCCAGAGAGUAUCUUAGUCUGUUGGAGCAGCUAACAUAGUGCCAUUGCCUGGGAGAUUUACUAAUAACAGAAAGCUGUCAAACACGGUUCUGGAGGUAGGAAAAUUUAAAACCAACGUUCUAGCACAUUCGGUGUGUAAUAGAUGGCUUGUUCUCUACACCCAAGAUGGAACCUUCAUGCCAUGUCCUUACACGGUGGAAGGAAUGACUAAGUUCCCUCACACCUCAUUUACAAGGACACUAAUUCUAUUCACGAGGACUCUACCCUCUUGACCUACCGCUCCAGUCACUUGCUGAAGGUGUCACCUCUAACACCAGCACUUUAAUGUAAAUUCAACUUUAACGUAAGCACUUUGGAGGGGUGCCAGCAUUUAAGCAGAAGCAAAGACUGUGUACAUUGGAACCUGUGGCAGUCAAGAGCAGCCUGAACUGUACAGUAACACACUGUCUCAAGAAGUAAUAGGGUUGGGGAUGUAGCUCAGUUGUAGAAUGCUUGCCUAGCAUGCGUGGAGCCCUGGAAUCAACACCCGGUGUGGGGGUUUCAAUGAGUAUGGCCCUUCAUAGGCUCUUCUAUUUGGAUGCCUUCUCUACAGUUGGUGAAACUAUUUAGGAAGGGUUAGGAGGUGUGGCCUUGUUGGAGGGGGUGUGUCAUUCCCAGGUAGACUCUUCCUCUCUGGCUCUAACUUUUAGAUGAAGUAUAAGCACAUGAACUGAUAAAAUCAGGUAUGGUGCCUCAUACCUGGAAUCCCAGAACUUAGGAGAUGGAGGCCAGAGGGCCAGAAGUUCAAGGUCAUCCUUAGCUCCAUUUCUGGUUUUAAGCCAGCCUGGGAUACAUGUAUGAAAUACUGAAUAAACAACAACAACCUUAAUGUAAAUUAUGACGUUUUGACCAAAUAAUCCUGCAAAAAGGAUUAUUAUCUCAGCAUUGUGAGAGGAUUCUUCAUUUUUCUUUUUCUUUUCUUUUUUUUUUUUUUUUUUCAAGAUGGGCUUUCUCUGUGUAGCCCUGGCUGUCCUGGAACUUACUUUGUAGAACGGGUUAUCCUAAAUCUCACAGAGACCUGCCUGCCUCUGUCUCUGCAGUGCGGAGAUGAAAGGUGUUUGUCACCACACCCAUCUGAGACGAUCCUUUGUGUUACCCAGGAGAGGGACAGGCUCUGCUGCUGAAACAAUCAGACCCCAAAUCUGAGUCCCUUUUCACAGCAAAAGUUGGUUUUGUUUGUUUGUUUGUUUGUUUGUUUGUUUUUUGAGACAGAGUUUCUCUGUGUAGCCCUGGCUGUCCUGAACUCACUUUGUAGACCAGGCUGGCCUCAAACUCAGAAAUUUACCUGCCUCUGCCUCCCGAGUGUUGGGAUUAAAGGAGUGCACCACCAUGUCCGGCAAAAGUUGUUUUUUUUCUCACAUGUCCCAUUUGGUUCUCCCAUAGCCGCACAAAUCCAGAUGCUUCCAUCUUGAGCUAAGCCCAUCAGAACCGCAGCUGCCCAUUCGGCACAGCCCCUGGGGAAUGUGUGGAAACUUUUUAAGGACCAGGCCUUGAAGUGGUUCAUCACUUUCUCCCACAUCCCACAGACCAGAACUGGUCACAUGGUUAUCAUUUCAUUGCCAACAAGGCAGGGCCGUGGGGAGUGGCACACGGGCACUCGGGGAACACUGUAGCUGUGUUCCCUGGAACUUCCAUCCCAGAACAAAUUCCAGGAUGUCUUGUUCUUUGCUGACCUUGUGAAGAAAUGUCAUGGAGAGUUGUGAUGGCCGUCCUUGGUUGUCAACUUCACCACAUCUGGAAUAAUUAACUAAAACCCAAGCAAGUGGGUACUCCUGUGAGAGAUUUGUCUUAAAUCAUUUGAAGUGGGUAGACCAACUUUAAUCUGGAUCUUUUGAGGUGGGGAAAAUCCGCCAUACUAUCUGGCGGGAACCUAUGUAAAGGACAUGGAAAAAAGACGGUUUUUGUUUGUUUGUUUGUUUGUUUGUUUUGUUUUUAAUUUGCCUGCUUGCUCUCAUUCUCACCAACAAGGCUGUGUCUUCACUGUCAUUAGAGCCCACUUCUUCAGGAUUCUGGUGUGUACUAGACAUCCAGCCUUGUGGACUGAACAACUACUGGGUUCUAGGAGUUUUCCUCGGUAGGUAGCUAUUGUUGGGCUAGCUGGACCACAGCCUGACUAAUACAAAUGAGGCGCCAAUUCACCCUCCUGCGCUUUCUCAAGCAGCUGCAAGCCCUGUUCUCUGCCAUAACAUCCAGAGCAGAUCAUGUUCACUUACCCCAGUGGCUUUGCCCACAGAUGUCCCCAAACCCAAAUAUCCAUUCGUGGGAAAGCCUCAAGACUUUUUAAAAAAUGUUGGCUGCUAUUCAUAAAAGCAUACAAAGGCAUGUGAGCAGCAAUAUAAAAUUAGACGUGUCAAGAUCUUCGCCAGCUGCACUGUGGCCGGACUUGGCAGCAGUCGUCCCUGAUGUUCCGUGUCACUGUCUCCUUCCACCGCCUCUCUCCUUCAGGGACACAUAGGCCAAGUGAGGAGAAGAGGCAGAGGAUGAUAAGGGGCGGGAGAAAGGGAACCUCUCCCCCCGCCCCCCGUGUUCUGUCUCAACUUUGGCAAACAUCUGGGCUUGAAGCAUUCUUAACCUCGAGGUUCGUCUGACUGUGAAGACCUUAUGGGUUUGAAGGCUUGGGGCUGGUGUGCUGGCUGUAUGCUCUUGCAUGGCAACUUUGCACUCAGGAGCCAGAGGACAGUUGGGAUUUGGUCUGCUGUCACAGCAUGGUGUCUCCCGGCAAGGUGCCAAACUAAAGGAUGGGAAACAUUUGUGUGCACACCAGAAGGAGUCAUCUGAGGCCGGGAGAGCAGGUGGGUUCAGCCUUCCAGGUCACCUUUAGUGGACUAGCUCUCUGCACCCAGAUGACAGCAUCCAAGAGCAAGAAGCUCAACUCGUACAUAGCACCACUACUCUCCCUCUGUGUCUCUAUCUGUGGGAUCAAUGAUACACCAUGUUUGCUUUAAUAUACCAUCUCACCACGUGGCUAGCCCAAGUUGGCCUUAAAUGAUCAGAAAUCUUCCUGCCUCAGACUCUCAGGUGCUGGGACUUGAGAUGACAUUCGCUAUGACUCUUUAGUAAAACAAAACAACAGCAACAACAACAACAAAAAAAAACCCUGUAAUUGUGGCCACUUGUGUGCCCUCGGGUCUUUUUGGUUCAGUGCCCUAACCUGAGCAUCUUCCAUUGAGCUUUAUGUUGAUAGUCUCUUUUUAGGAGAGUAUAAAUCAAGCCUUUUAAAAACAAAACAAAAAUAAAUAAAUAAAUAACACCAAAACCUGGGGGUUUGGGGGACGACCCAUCACCCCAUGCAGCCCAGACCGGAUGACUUUGAGUUUCUAGUCCUCCUGUCUCCACUUCCCAAGUGCUGGAAUUGCAGCUGUGUAUGGCCACAUCUGGUUUUAUGAGAUGCCAGGGGUAGAACCCAGGCCUUGAUGCACACUAGGCACCAUGCCAACUGAGCUACAGUCCCAGGUCCAAGGCAGGCAUCUAUGGGCGCCCGAUCCUCAGACAGUGCUGGGGAGGACAGAUGGAAACCAGGAGCCAGAGCUGGCUUUCUGUACAGAAUGGAAGUCCGUUCAUAUAUUCCACAGAGAUUUAUUGAGCCCAGCCACUUGCCAGGAGCCGUGCUUGCUGCUGUGGGACUCCAGAGGACACGGCCACCAUCUGAGAAGGACCAGGGGUCCUCCCGGGCUCCUGUGUUUUUCUUAUCCUUUUGCCCAUAGGAGUUUAUAGUAAAACACAAAAUAGUGUGACCUAAAGCUCAGCACCUGGGGGGCAUGCGCAGAAGAGAUGGCUCAGUAGUUAAGCACCGGCUGUUCUUGAGAGGAUGUGGGUUCAGUCUUAUUACCCACACAGCAACUCCAGUCCAGGGAAUCAGACACUCUCUUCCUACCUCCGCAGCUAUCAGGCAUGUACCCAGUGCACAUACAUACACAUGGAAGCAAAGUGUGCAAGCAAAACAUUCAUACACAUAAAUGAAAUAAAAUAGAUACAUCUUUUAGUACGAGUAACCACCACUUCAAAUGGCCAGUUUCCUGGCAUUAAAUACAGUCACCGCCGUCUGUCUUCAGAAUCGCUUUUAUCUUUCCAGGCUAAUGCUCUGUACAUAGACGCGUGAUCCUCCUGUCUCAGCCUCUUGGGUAGCAAAUACUACAAAUGUCACUACUGCACCUUGCAACUGUUUCCUUUGUUUGGUUAGGUUUUUUUUCUUAGUUUGUUUUUUUUUUAAUAAAGUCUUCGGUGUCCCAGGACAGCAUCAAAUUCACUGCGUAGCCUGAGGACAGUCUUAAGCCUUUCGUCCUCUUACCGGCCUUCUCCUUCUGAGCAUUACAAUAGCAGGUGUGUGCUAUGAUGCCCAGUCAUACAGGGUGCUCUGGGUGGAACCAGGGCUUCAUGCCUGUCAGACAAGCACUACCCACUGAGCUACACUUCCAACCCAAUCUCUGCAUUUCUCUUAGCACUCCUAGGAUCCCAGGCAGGCAUGUGGUUGUCCAAAUACUCGCUCCACAGAAAGGUAUGUGAACUGUCACAGCGUUUCUGUAGCUGCCUCAGCGUUUUUUGAGCCCCGUGGGUGGGGGUGGGGUCAGUUCCCUCUAGUGGGACAUUUCAUUGCUUUGCCUGGCCAGUGUCCAGGUCAGUUUUGAAUGGAGCAGAUUGUUCUCCAGGCUGCCUGCUCUGUGUGGCUGAAGGCAGCCAGGACACCAGUCACCAUAUGGUGCUGGCUAGCUAAUCAGAGGCUAACUAGGGUACUAGGCCUAGUGGGGCCUGGCAGGGGACUUGCAUUUCAAGUAACUGUCCACUGGAGGUAGAUAAAGAGUGCUCCCCAUGUCUGUGUGCAGGCAUGAAAGGCUGAGAGGUGCCUUGGGCUGGUUUUGCCAGGGUUAUCCUAUAGCUCCAUCAGGGUAGCUCUCAGCUCCAUAGUCCACCACGGCUUGGGCCCAUAUUCCUUAUAAGUACAUGCGACCGUUUGCCUUGGACUGCUUCUGUGUUGGCUGUAGCUGGACACACACAAGAAGUUGUAGAUGGGCUCAUUCAUUUUGUUUGUCGUGUGUAUGCACGUACAUGUGUGUGUGUGUGCAUGUGUACAUGUGUGUGCAUGUGCGUGAGUGUGCACGUGAAUGUGCGCGUGUGUGUGCGUGCCUGUGUGUGUGUGUGUGUGUGUGUGUGUGUGUCGGGGCACGUACUUGGCCUCCUGGUCAUCUUGCCUUUACUUCCCAAGUUCUGGAAUUACAGGCAUGAUGCACUGUGCCUCGGGAAAUGUGUUUAUUUUAGAGAAGAAAGCUGGAGCCCCAGGAUGCUAGGUUGCUGAGGUGCUGGGAUGUCGGUUUACCGCACGCACGGAAUGCUGGAUGCUGGGAUGCUUCAGUACCGUGAUAAUGACCGGGAUUCAGGAACCCCGGCUCCCUGCUUCCUACUGGGUGACACAGAGGGAUCAGCCCUCUGGCCUCACAACUUUCCCACAGCAGCCAGAUCUUCCCUCUGCCUGUGGAGCCCCGUGGAGCCGCGUUUUUUCUACUUGGAAAGCUGUAUAUACAGGAUCAGAGUGUCCCCCACCUGAAGAGGGCUGAUUGGGUCCCAAGCUAUGCUCCUGAGCUGAGUGCCUGCAGCCAGUCUGAGGAACUCCAUGGCGCCCCCUCUCCCCAUGGAGAAAGGACUCGCUUUGCCUCAGGAUUUCCGGGACCUUGUACACAGCCUAAAGAUUCGAGGCAGAUACGUCUUGUUCCUGGCAUUUGUGGUCAUAGUUUUUAUCUUCAUUGAAAAGGAAAAUAAAAUCAUAUCCAGGGUCUCCGACAAGCUGAAGCAGAUCCCUCAUUUUGUGGCAGAUGCCAACAGCACUGACCCAGCCCUGCUCUUAUCGGAGAAUGCAUCUCUCUUGUCCCUGAGCGAGUUGGAUUCCACCUUUUCCCAUCUGCGGAGCCGCCUGCACAACCUGAGCCUGCAGCUGGGCGUGGAGCCAGCAAUGGAGAGCCAGGAGGCUGGGGCAGAGAAGCCAUCCCAGCAGGCUGGAGCAGGGACCCGGCGCCACGUGCUUCUCAUGGCCACCACCCGCACGGGUUCCUCGUUCGUGGGCGAGUUCUUCAACCAGCAGGGCAAUAUCUUCUACCUCUUCGAGCCACUGUGGCACAUCGAGCGCACCGUGUUCUUCCAGCAGCGAGGCGCCAGCGCGGCUGGUUCAGCCUUGGUCUACCGUGAUGUCCUCAAGCAGUUGUUGCUAUGCGACCUGUAUGUGCUGGAGCCCUUCAUCAGCCCUCCGCCCGAGGACCACUUGACUCAGUUCCUGUUCCGCCGGGGAUCCAGCCGUUCACUCUGCGAGGAUCCGGUGUGCACACCCUUCGUCAAGAAGGUCUUUGAGAAGUACCACUGCAGGAACCGUCGCUGCGGGCCACUCAACGUGACCUUGGCGGGCGAGGCCUGCCGCCGCAAGGACCACGUGGCCCUCAAGGCUGUGCGCAUCCGUCAGCUGGAGUUCCUGCAGCCGCUAGUUGAGGACCCGAGGUUGGAUCUACGAGUCAUUCAGCUGGUGCGCGACCCCCGGGCCGUGCUGGCUUCACGCAUAGUGGCCUUUGCGGGCAAGUAUGAGAACUGGAAGAAGUGGCUGUCCGAGGGGCAGGACCAGCUGAGCGAGGAUGAGGUGCAGCGAUUGCGGGGCAACUGUGAGAGCAUCCGCCUGUCUGCAGAGCUGGGCUUGCGGCAGCCAGCCUGGCUGCGCGGUCGUUACAUGCUGGUGCGCUAUGAGGAUGUGGCACGCAGGCCACUGCAGAAGGCCCGAGAGAUGUACAGCUUUGCGGGCAUCCCCUUGACCCCGCAGGUGGAGGACUGGAUCCAGAAGAACACGCAGGCGACACGCGACAGCAGCGAUGUCUACUCCACUCAGAAAAACUCUUCUGAGCAGUUUGAGAAGUGGCGCUUCAGCAUGCCUUUCAAGCUGGCACAGGUGGUACAGGCUGCCUGUGGCCCGACCAUGCACCUCUUUGGCUACAAGUUGGCCAGGGAUGCCGCCUCACUCACCAACCGCUCCAUCAGCCUGCUGGAGGAGCGGGGCACCUUCUGGGUCACGUAGUGGGGGAUGUCUGGGACCCUUGGAACUCCUUCUUGUGAAAGGCUGGCCCUGCUUCCCUCACACCCAGCCUGGCAGUGAGACAUAGCCCUGGCAGAAAGUCAAAAUGGGGAGCGAUGAUGGGAACAUAGCCCCUGGCUGUAGCGGUAGGGCCCCCUGCCAGCUAGACUCCCCAGAGCAGCUACAGCUAGGGCCUUGGGCUCCUCUGAGGACACCCUGUCUCCUUAGUGGUACUGGUCAUAAGGUGUCCUCACCCUAUGACCUGCAGUGUCCCGAGCAGGUCAAGGUAGGUUCCUGUGUGUGGACACACCUCCCUAGCUCUUUCUCACACAGUCUACACGAAGCCUGUAAAGGCCUGUAGGUUGUGUGGGCUGGAGUCCAAGUAUUUAACAACCAGAAGGGGUGUAGACCCUCUGCAGCCUCUCAGACCUCCUACUGUAUUAAGUGUUAACCUCUUCCGCUCUGAGUCAGAGAAGCUGGGAUCUGGCUGAGUCCUGGGAAGGAGGAGGACAGCCUAGGGUGAGGAAGGGGACCUUUGAAGCUCCUCAGGGAACAGUGGCUGUGUACCAGCUCAUAGAAAAUGGUUUGAUCAGCUGUUCUAGUCACUCAUGAGUAUCAAUCAGCCUGUGUAGAGCAAGACACACAAAGUGCAUUGAAAACAGACAAGGCCAGGGGUGUGGCUCAGCGGUAAAGCCCUUGCCUCUCUCAUGCCCAGGGCCCUAGGUGUGAUUCUUAGCACUAUAAAUAUAAGGGAAAAUAAGCCAUACAUACGUGUGCAGUACAGAGAGAGACAGAAAAGCGUAAUAAACAUUCCCCCCUCUCAUAAGCACACGCUCUGCCUCUGUCUCUGUCUCUGUCUCUCUCUGUCUCUGUCUCUCUCUGUCUCUCUCUCUCACUCUCUCUCUCUCUCUCUCUCUCUCACACACACACACACACACACACACACAAACACACACACACACACUGGUACAGAAAAGCUUCCCUUCUCCACUCUUUAUGCUCACCAUGUUUUUAGGAUUUUUGUUUGUUUGUUUUGUUUUGGGUUUCUAUAUAUCUAAACAAGGAGCCUUAAAUUACAUCUUUUUGGGAUUACGUGGCGAGGGGGAGCAGCAGGGAGCAUUUGCUUCUGGUAAAAGGAUAGACCAGAAAGGACUUCCCCUUGGAUGAUCGGAGUCAUGCAGAGCCCCCAGGGUCCCACAUGUUCUGUGUGAACUUCAUGUGGAAUGACUCACAGAAGUGACUACCUUAGGCGCUCGCUCUGUAGCUCAAUGUGCGUAGAGUUUGUCUAUUGUAUAGGAAGCCCUGGGUUCUGUGCCCUGCCCCACACCAUAUAGGUAUGAUGGCGUGUACCCAUAUCCCAGCAUUCAGGAAAUCAAAGGUUGGCGGUCAAAAGUUCAAGGUGCAGCUAUGUAUCUUUUGAGAUGUCCGAGUCUAUAAGCUCCCUCUACUGAGAGCUGCUAGUAUUCCUUCUCAAGAACAGGUUAUUUGAAAAUCUCUUCUUGUAAGCCCCAACAUUUGGGGGAGGGGAGGAUGGGGGAACUCUUGACUGAGCAGCUAGGUUUCCCCAAGCAGAAGUUCUUCUCUCCCAGUGCAAGCUGAGGUUUAGUGCCCCGGCUAGCCUCGGAACUGGCUCAGUGGGGGUUGGCACGCUGACUUCCUGGACAAUUGCUGCAUCUGACACUGUGAGCGCCCAGGACACCGGAUGUGUAGCAUGGAUGUGGGCCUAGCACAGGUGUGGAAGAGGACAGUCAGGACACUCACUGUUGGUGUUUGUUAUCCACCUGUUCAGCCGCCGGGUCCCACACAUAGGUCAUCUUUCGUCACUCAAGCCGGCCUCUGUUUUUGAUUUUAACAAUCCAAGAGCAAGUGUGUAGGGGACAAAGAGACACCAGCUCUUCAUACUUGAUGGAGACCGGGACAGGAUGCUGCAGGCAGGCUCGGGAGUGCAUUAUCGUUUCUUCUGAGCUCUUCAUCCAGGCCAUAUUCCCUUUUCUGCAUCGCAUCUGGGGUGGGAGGGGCUGAGCUGGGAGUUUCCGUCCUUCUUCCCUGUGGGGGUGGGAGAUGGGGCUCAAGGUCUCCAUCUCUCGGCUCCCUGAGGACAGAACCCCCACAGUGGACCUUUGGGCCUUCUCAGGACAUUGACAAUGUUGUGUGCACUGCAAGUUGACUUUAUUUAUUUUGUAGGAAAAAGAGAUGGUAUUCUUUAGCAGGAUCUGAAACUGUACCCUAGUCAAGAAGUACAAUUAAUAACAUUAUUAUUAAUAACAAUUGGGAUGAUUCAAAGGUCACACACACACCAGACCACCCAAGAACCAUGUAGGAGAUGAGGCGGAGCCAGGUCAUGGAAGCCCAGAAUGCUACAGAGAUUCUGUGGGUCUAUUAUUGAUCAGAAAAUACAACAUGGGGGGGCCUUUUCUAUGGCAUAACUCAGGUGUCUGCAAAGACAGAGCAGCUCAGGUGGGUGGAUAGGCAGGCAGAUGGAGCCUUGAAUCACAUCCCCUGAGGCUCAGCCAGCCAGUGCGAAUCCUCAAGGUUCGGAAAGGGACAGUGUAGCGGCAAACUACUGGGCAUCUUCUCUGAUGCUUAGAGGCUCUUACCAAGGAGCUUGAUGGAGAAAGUGGCCAUGUUGGUGGCAUGGGACAACUGCUCACCCAACUUCAAAGAUCAAAGGGCACCCAGGUGGCCUAUGACAGUGACACUCUUUCCUACCAUUAGGGGUGUCUGCCCCCACUGAAAGCCAUGAAAUUUCUGGCCCUAAGGGGGUAGGAAGGACUUAGGAGUAGCAGAUGGUUUGAUCCCAUCCCCCCCACACACACACACACAUCCCUCAGCUGUCUUCCACAUUAGAGCCACUUCAGUUGUCCAUGGACUUGUCCCUUUGAGACAUCCUGGAUUUUGAAGGAUAGAAACAUCCCCAAGAUGGUCUCGUGUUAAUCCCACAACAGAGGCAGAAGGGUCAUACUGAGAGAGAGAGAGAGAGAGAGAGAGAGAGAGAGAGGAGUGGGGGCCAGACCCUCAAGAAGCCAAGUGGGUCUGGUCAACCUGUGCACAUGAGAAGGAGGGAACAUCACUAAAAUCAGGGCCUGGGCUGGUGUGUUGUUGGUGAGAUCCCGUGGAGUGGCUGGCUAGAUAUGGAUGAGUUUUCUGAGCAUGCUCACACACCCCCAACUUCACAUUCUUAGAAAUAGCACAACCAUAAUGCCUUACCUCAAAAGGAUGAGGCAAAGCUUGCAAUUAAUUCCCAGUGUCUGAAGACCUCCGGGAUCCUUUGAGCUGUGUGUCCUUGUCAGUACAUGGGGACAGGCUCCUUAGGUAUUCCUGACAUAGAGGUAAGGUGCUGCCCUUGCUGCCUUGCAUAAGCUGUGACAAGCUUCUUACUGGGCACAUAGAACGGCUCUGUCAUCUGCUUCCACUAAAUUUGGGCUUGGACUUUGCCUCCUGCCAAAUCUCCAUCUCUGCUGGAUAGUCUAGUCCCUAGGGUCUAACCACCACCCUCCACUUCCUGGUGGGUCCUACAAGCGCUGUCUUUGUGCCAGUACCCGGAUGGUGUCCUGCCUCAUGGCUAAAUGGUACAGGACAUCUUCCCAGACUGAGUGGUCAUGGCAUGUGCAUGUAUGUUCAUGAGUACAUGCAUGGUGUGUGGGGGUGGAUGGGUGCAUUCUGUUCUGCUUCUGGUGCAGCUACACAGCCACAACCUCUUUCUGUCAUUGACCUUCUUGGUCUUCUUGUAGCCACAGAUAAUCUUCCAAUGCCCGAUUCUGCUGUUCUCAUCUGAGAGCUGACAACCCAGCGCUCAGAGUAGAGUUCAUGACCUAGGAAACCCUUCUCCUGGUAGCUUACUGAACUUAUUUAAUUAAAAACGAACAUAUAGGGGUUGGAGAGAUGGUUCAUUGGUUAAGAGCACCGGCUGCUUUUGCAAAGGACCUGAGUUCAAAUCCCAGCAACCAUAUGGUGGCUUACAACCAUCUGUAAUGAGUUCUGGUGCCCUCUUCUGGCAUGCAGGUGUACAUGCAGAUAGAGCACUCCUAUGCAUAAAAUAAAUAAAUCUUUUAAAUAAAUAAAUAAAUGAACAUG